AUGGGCGGUAAGUAUAAGGCUCCACCAAAUCCGCUUCGUUGGCUCGACAAACCCAUUUACAACUACAGUACCCCAUAUAAUGAGAGUUGUGCAUCUGGCCACACUGAAGAUUGCUUAUACUUAUCAGUUUAUACACCCAUUAGUGAACAUGUAUACCACUUUCCCGUCAUUGUAUGGAUCCACGAGAAUGCACACAGGCACAGCCCAGACUUUCUAAUAGAUGAAGAAGUUAUUGUGGUGACUGUAUCACUUAGAACCUCCAUAUUUGGUUUCCUCAAUACUGGAGAUAAUUUCGCUGGAGGCAAUAUGGGAGCUAAGGAUGUUCUGACAGCACUACGAUGGAUAAGAGAUAAUAUUAGCCAUUUCAAAGGUGAUUUAAACAAAGUGACUGUUUUUGGAUCUGAGUCUACAGCUCCCAUAGUUGCAUCACUACUAGUGUCUGCUGCAGGCGAAGAUUUGUUCCAAAGAGUCAUUAUUCAAGGUGGGAGUGCAUUGUCACCGGCUGAUUACAGAAACUAUAAUUUCGAAAUUAUGAAUAAAUUAUAUUGGAAUCUGGAUGGCCCAUUUGAAAAGUUCAAUCGAACAAGAUUGUACGAACUCCUUUCAAAAAGUUCCACAAAGAAACUGUUAGUGGCCAGCUAUGAUAUUUUUGACAGCACUGAAGUAAGGGACAAUCAGAGGCUUAUCAACUCAUUUCCGCUCACCGUCGAACUAUCAGGAAAAGGCGCUUUCAUGAACAAAUUUCCUUUAGAAGUAUACAAGCGAAAAAUUACAAAUAAUGCCGUGGAAGUUAUGAUAGGAUACACCAACUUAGAUUCCCUUCACAAACUGGAUGGUUUCGUGCGAAACAGGAAACUUCUUAAGUAUUUAAAUUAUAACUUUCAGUAUUUAUUGCCGUUCGAAGGGAGGAGAGACGAAUACGGGUCGAAACUGUACAAGAAGAUAAGGAGGAAAAUAAUGGAUUUCUAUUUCGUUAAUGGGACGGUUGGGGAGAGGAGUCUGCGCCGGUUCGCGAAGUAUAUGUCGGACCAAGUGAUUUAUCCGAUACUCCGGCAGGCGACCUUGCACAGCCAAGUGUCGUGUAAUAAUGUUUACUUGUAUCGCUUCACGUACCGAGGGCCCUUCAGCCUCGUAUGGAACACGGUGCUCCGUAAUUUGAACCUCACCGGAGCGACAUCUGGUGAUGAAAUCUGUUACCAAUUUAAAUGUAAAUCUUUGACUUCGGCGUAUAAUGCGGCGGAGACUUCAAAUGAGAGACUCUUUAUUAAGAAGAUUGCGAGGUUAUUGGCAAAUUUCGCUAAAUACGGGAAGCCUACUCCUCAUUCUUCGGAUGACAUCCUAGAAGGAUUACAAUGGCUACCUCUAAAUCCUAACAAGAGUGUACAACUCCUGAACAUGGGUUCCGAGCUGAAGAUGAUAAAACUUCCAGAAGCGAAGAGAAUGGAAUUUUGGACACAGCUUAGAAAUGAAUUCUUCCCAGACAGACUAAUUAAUGACGAACUGUGA